ACUUCCGGUGUUCUGUGUUCCGCACGGUCGUCUAUCUGUCACAUGUGUCACAUUUUGACAGUGAACUCGACGACGUUGUUUGGUGUGGUCACUCGCUCCGGAAUAAUUUUAAAAAAUCGUCAAAAAAAAAUGAGGAUUUGGACUAGCGAAUAUACGUUCAAUCAUUCCUGGGAGACUGUAGCUAUAGCUGCUUGGAGGAAAUAUCCUAAUCCUCAUAAUCCAGCAGUCAUUGGUACAGAUGUAAUAGACAGAAAAGUUGUGGAUGGUGUCUUGCAUUCCCAUAGAUUAGUCAGCUCCAAAUGGUAUUUCCCUAGAUGGGCUCAAGCUUUAAUUGGAUCAGCCAAUAUAUGCUACGCUAGUGAAGAAAGUGAAGUGAACCCUAAUUCAAGAUCCAUGACCUUAAGGACAAUAAACCUCACUUUCUGCAGCCACAUAGCAGUUAAUGAAACUCUUAAUUAUGUACCUCACCCCGAAGAUUCUUCAAAGACUCUGCUGAAACAAGAAGCUGUAGUUACUGUUAAAGGAGUACCUCUGUCGAGUUACAUGGAAGAUCUCUUAACGAACAAGAUAUCGAACAAUGCUGGUAAAGGAAGAGAGGCAAUUGAGUGGGUUAUAACAAAGCUCGAUAAAGAGGUGCAAGAUUUCUCCAGGACAACAGAUUUGAUGAUUGAACAAACUAAAAAGUCGAUUUCUUACUUAGGAAGGGGGAUGGACAAUCUACUCAGUCAGGAUGCGUAACACCGAUUCACUGCCUAGAAAAGAUUCAAACUGAAGCCUCAUUUGUACAUACCUACAUAUUUAUGAAAGUCGUCGUGUCACUCACAUCUCAAACAAUUUAUUUAUUGACAUUCCCCAAUAUAAGAACACCUAGGUUUAGAAAAAUAAAGUAUUUGAUGAAUGAAAUGCAUCAUCUGUUUCUAUUGUUGGAGUUUCUGUCAUCUAUCUCUUCUUCGUAUUGAAGAGUAUUAAAAUUAGGUAAUGAAAUAUAUGGAAAAUUGUUUUGUA